AUGGUGCAGACAGCGAGCACCGCGUCGCGCAGCAUUCGCACGCGAUUCCUCGCGGCGGCCGCGUGUCUGGCGGUGCUGGUGGUUAUUGGAAUGCAUCGCAGCGCGCCGUCGGGCGCGAGCGUGGCGUGGCCGAGUUCAGCUGCGAAACUCGCGGGCAGCUGGCAAUCCCAAACGACGUGCGACCACGGAUUUACGCCGCAGCAGCUCGAGCUGCUCAAGCAGCUUUUGGAGUCCUCCGGCGUCACUGGUUCUGCCGCGACGAUGGAUACCGCUCCGACACGAGCGAACGCGGGGUCGAGUACGCCGACGACGGAUGGCCAGGAGAGCGAGGAGACUGAGCCCGAUUCCGACGACCUGCCAGAGCCUGGGCCGGAACCGACGGAUGCCGCGCACGCUCGGGCGUGGAAGGAGCUCGUCAGGCAAGGAAGGGAUGCGAAGAAGGAAAUGCGUGCCGCGGUGCAGCUGAGGGGCGCGCGCGGGGAGUGCGAGCGGCCGCGCGCAAUUGCUGGAUACUUGGAUGUCAGCAGCAACGGGCGGGAGGAGUUCACGCACUUUGCGCAUGCGUCGUGGCGAAGGAUCAUCAAGGUUAAUCCUCUCUCUGCAAAAGGUGGCCUCUGUUGCGGAUGA